AUGGCUUUCGGUGUUUUGGAUCCAAAGGACGGCCAUCAUGUCCCCGGCACUGUCAACCUUGAUGACCAGGCAACGAGCGAUAACGCCGAGGCAACAAGUCGCUCCCUAAAGCAUGAUACCGGCAAGAAUUCACAUAUCGUUCUAGUACCUCAGCCUUCAGAUGAUCCCAAUGAUCCCUUGAACUGGACUCUCCUGAAGCGCAACCUGGUCUUCGGUGUUAUUAUGCUAGGUACUGCGUUUGUGGGCAUUGUUCCGGGGCCUAUACUGAAUGCCGGCAUUGUCCAAGUUGCAACCGAUCUUCAUGUAUCCUUUGGCAAAAUUGCCCAGCUCUCUGGCUAUCUCACUCUCGCUCUGGGAGCUGCAUCACCAUUGGUCUCUGCUCUUGCACGCAAGUACGGAAAACGCCCUCUAUUUGUUGGAUCGUCAGUCAUUGGUGUAGUUGGCUGUCUCGUCGCUGAAUUCGCUCCGGGCUAUAAUCAACUCCUCGCCGGUCGGGUUCUGCAGGGGCUCGGAUCUUCAGCAUACGAAUCACUCUGUCUUUCAGUUAUCAGCGACCUGUACUUCGUUCACGAGCGCGGCUUCUACGUGUCUAUCCCCAUCUUUAUACUUGGCGCGCUAAGCAAUGGCGUGAGCAUCAUCGGGGGCGUUAUCAUUACUAACCUUGGAUGGAAGUACAACUUUCACAUUCUGCUCGCGUUUCUCGGUUUCCAGUUGAUACUCGUCAUUCUCUUCUGCCCAGAAACAACUUAUAACCGGUCCGCUAUCUACAAUAUUGAUCGUGUUGGUUCUCAGGUCGAUCUUAGGGAGAAGCAUAACCAAGAGCAGGCUCAACUCGAACAUGUUGAGAAAGCCAAUGUCGACAAUGAUGCGGAAUCCAGUUUCCAGAAUAUCACUACAAAGAAAACCUUCCUGCAGGACAUGGCACUUUAUAAUGGUACAUUUACUGAAAAGUCAGUCAUCUCAAUGGGUAUUGCCAGUGUUGCUGUUGUCUUCAACGUCAUCACCAGCUACAAUGUAUUCAUCUCUGGCUUGAUCAUGGCUUGGUUUGUUGGUAUGGCUGUUCUUAGUGGAGUCUUCCUGGCUGGUCCUCCAUGGACCUUGACAUCUGCUUCUAUAGGAUACGUCUCGACUGGUCCAUUCAUCGGUGGACUUCUCGCGAGUAGCCUUAUGUCUUGGAUCAGUGACCCAUGGAUCAAGUUCAUGACCAGGCGUAACAAGGGUAUCUAUGAGCCUGAGUUCCGUUUGAUCCUGGCUAUUCCUGGUACUAUCUGCACUGUUGCCGGUCUUGUGGGAUUUGGUGCCGUCAUUGAAAAGGGGCUAUCUGUCUAUGUUUUAUCCUUUCUCUGGGGCCUCACUCUCUUUGGUAUGUGUAUUGUUGCCAGCGUCACCUCCGCCUACGCUCUUGAUGCGAUGCCGUCUUUGGCUGUGGAGAACUUUAUCUUUAACGUCACGUUUAAAAACUUCUUCUUCUACGGGAUAACUCUUUACGUAAUUCCAUGGUACCAGAUGAGUGGUCCCCUGGAGCUCUUUGGUACACUCGCUGGUAUCACAGCUGCACUCAUGUCCCUCACUGUUCCCAUGUACAUAUGGGGUAAGCGUUACAGACGUUACUGGGGACACCACAAUGCUCUUGUCAUGCUCAGACUUGAGAAGGAUCCUAGCCAAUGA